AUGAAUGCCAGAACCGCGACGUGGCCCUUGUGGCCGGGACACAGACGGGCAUUGGUCCCCCAGGCGAGUCUGAUUGGUUUCUAUGUGCAUGAGACUGUGACAACCCUCCCAACUAUUGGGUUCAGUGGUGUGGAUGGUCAGACUGGCAUGAGCCUGCUUCAUGAGGAGCCCCCGUCUGCAAGGCAGAGAACGGUGGUUCCCUCUAGAGUGGGAUCGCCCUGGUUGUCGGUGGUUCGACCGCUCAAACACGGGCAAUUGGUAUUCGUCCGAAGUUCUGCGGACACCUUAUUUCCGAUCAACCCGUUUAUGGGGCUCUAG